AUGCUCAUCAUACUCCUCCUGAUAACUGGAGCCACAACUCAAGAGGAAUCAACUCCAGCUAGCCUCCUUCGACCCAGGAAUUUUAAUUACCACCCAUACCAGUUCUUACAGGAAAAUGAAGUUAAACCAACCGAAAAAGGACCAGUCCUCUUCCCAAACGACGGACCACCACCACCAAGACGUCCCCUGGUGGUGACAUCGCGACCACUGAUCGAAUCGAUCAUCAGAAGUGAUCUAAACCCAAAUCCACCAGAAACCAACAAUUCCAUCCCCCAACCUUCAGAAAUAAAUAACAUCUUCAAACCAUACGCAAAUAUUAACCAGAACUUCGGUCAAGAUCUCUUUGACAAAGAUAUUCCAGAUGCAUUUAAUAAUGUUGAGUACCAAGCCAGUUCGUACCCAGGAGUACCUUAUGCAGAUAAUUUGAAGAAUGGAAGACGAAAUGGAUUUUAUAGGAACAACGAUUAUAUGGAUUACGAGGAACGAACGCCUCUCCCUCCUAUAUACGACGCGUUAUCAGAUCACGCUCAACAGAAUCUGCUGAACUUGCAAAAACAAAAACUUUCAAACAACUUUCAGCUGAAAAAACCGAAUUACGUAAACCAUUAUGAAAACAACGACGUAUCCGAUGAAAACCACAAUCCCGAAUACAGCGAUGAGAAUCAAAACUACGCUUUCUCUUACACGGUACGAGAUCACAAAACUGGUGAUGAUUUCUCACAUUCUCAACAGAGCAGUGGUUCAGCUACUAACGGAGAGUACAGGGUUCGACUACCUGACGGUAGAACACAAAUAGUUUCGUACACUGCUGAUGAAAACGGCUAUAAGGCAGACGUGAGAUACGAUGAUGAAAAACCAAAAACAGAUUACUAUAACACGAAUAAUAAUUAUAGAAAUAUUUAUAACAAUAAUCCCGUUAACGGUAAUGUUAACAAAAAUAAUAAUCAAAAUUAUAAUACAAAUAUAAACAAUAACAAAUACGAAAUACCAGUUAAAGAAAAUUUAGAACAAUACAAUUCCAAAGACUAUUAUGACUAUUCCGCGGAAUAUAAUAAUAACUACCAACCUUACAAAACAAAAUUCAAUUUCAAUCAAAUUACAACCGCAGCUCCGGUUAGACCAUCGUAUGAUGAAAUCAAAGACUUAUUCACUAGAUCUCCGGUCCCAACUCCAUUGUAUACAGAUACAGUGUCAAGUAAUAGUCAAAAUCUUAAUUAUGGUACUACAACAGAGAAUGUAGUAUUAAUUGGUGGGAAAAAUUUGUAUAAUUUUGAACCAAAUCUUGUUGUAACAACACCGCGUCCCACUCAUUUCGUUGCGUCAACUCCAGCGGCGUAUUUGGCAUCGACAAUAGCAAGUUUAAGAGAUCGUCUCACCGCAAAACCUAUACUAUCAAAUAGUUUUAUCAACAGAAUUAAUAAAUAUUUAACAUUUAAAUAAUAGAUGUUAAUUUUAAUUAUUAAUACAAAGUUAUCUGAUACAAGAUAUUUGUAUACUUUAGUAUUUAAGGCUAUUAUUUCAUGAAAUGUUCAUUUGUAUUAUAACUUUUUUAAUUAAUUUUAAUGAAAAUUGUGUUGAAUCAAAGUCAAAAUUUACUUACAAAUGAAAUUAAUUUAAUAAAAAGUAAGAGUUAGUGCGUAAGGUGAUGUAAAUAAUUUAUUAUUUUUUUA